AAAGAGUGCAAAACUCAGACUCAAUGCUAUGGGAUUUGAAAUAUAGCUCUCUGUUAACAGUUUUUUUGCUUUCUUUCCAAAUUGCUCUUCGAUCUUUUUUGCCUUUUUUUGUCUUUUUUUUGUUUCUGACUGUGACAAUUCCAAGUUUGUGAUGUCUGCUGGUCAUCGUCGUGUUAGAUAUUUUAUCAACAAUCUACCGGACUACUGCGAUAAUGUGAAUUAUGGCGAAGGCACAUGUGACUUUAACGCUUCUCUCCGAAGCAACACAAAUACACCAACAGCUGUGGAAACAACAACAGCAACAGCAAUAUCAACAGCAUCCAUUUCUGAGGAUUCUGUUUUAACAUCUGUAAACAAUGAAAAUCAAAAGACUGAUACAGGAUCAAUAACACAGCCACAUUCAGGGUUCGCAUCGGAUACUAAUGUAACAAAGACAAUCCAUUCAUCUACAUUGGCACCGAUAGACUCUCCUUUGGAUACUGACAAUAGUAACACCGUUAGUAUGGACGGUCCUAAGAAUACAAAUCUUCAAUCUAAUGUUAUUAUUGAUAGCUGUUUAAUCAAGAAACGUAUAAUUCAUUUGGUUAACCUGAUUGUUGAGAAGCAAAAGUGUACCAGUGAAGAAGCUGAUUGUGAUGGUGGACUGUAUGUUGGUAUUUCUGGGAUAGCUUACAUGUUUAACUACUUAGCAUCAGCCACUGGUGAUUUAUUCAAUUCUAUGGAAAGAGAUUUUUUCACCAAACAAGCAUUAAGAUAUCUUGGACCCACCAUCGACUAUGCCAAUUCAUUGGAAAAAAACGAUCGCCUCUCAUCUGUUGCGUAUCUUCUUGGCUUUGCAGGAACUUUUGUGGCCGCUUCACUUAUCUAUCACAACAUUAAUGAUACAGUUAACAGAGAUUUUUAUAUUAACAAAUAUAGUCAAAUUUCCUCCAAGUGUUUACCUAUCCAUUAUUUAACUAAAGGGUCUGAUGAACUUUUAGUUGGACGAGCUGGUUACAUUUGUGGUGCUACAAUUCUUAAUAAAUCCUUUAAAGACAAUAAAGUGAUACCUGAAGGAGUUCUUCUUGCAUUGGCUCUCUCAUCAAUCAAAUCAGGUCGUGAAUAUUCGGUGCGAAAAGGACUAAAAAAUAUUUGCCCUUUGAUGUAUUGUUAUUAUGGUACUGAUUAUUUAGGAGCAGCUCAUGGACUCGCUGGAAUUCUUCAAGCUUUACUUGCAGUUCCAGGAAUUUUCAAUCCUAAAUUAGAUCUGGAAAGAGAUGUUAAAAGAUCAGUGGAUUAUCUUUUGUCCCUCCAAACAGAUUCAGGAAAUUUUCCUUGCGCCCUUGAUGAACUCAUUGAGCCUACCAAAGGAAUUACCAUUCGAUCAGAGGAGGAUGAAUUAGUUCAUUGGUGUCAUGGAGCUCCAGGAGUGAUUUGGUUGAUGGCUAGAGCAUAUCUAAUCUGGAAAGAGGAUAAAUAUCUUGAUUGUUGUAUCAAAUGUGGAGAGCUUGUCUGGAAUAAAGGUUUACUUCGUAAAGGUCCCGGUAUCUGCCAUGGAGUCGCUGGGAAUGCUUUAGUUUUUCUUGUUCUCUAUCGUUUGACUGGUAAACCAAAGUAUCUUCAUCGAGCAAAUCAAUUCCAAGAGUUUUUAUUCACCGAUGAAUUUCGUCUCAGAUCUCGCACUCCUGAUUCUCCUUACAGUAUGUUUGAAGGCUGGGCUGGAACAAUUUGUUUCCUAACUGAUUUGUUACAACCUGAAAAAUCUCAUUUUCCGCUUUCUUUCGAUCCGUUUGAUGACAUUUCUCAGCUUUACAAAGAAGUUGAACCAAGAAUCUGAAAACCAGGACAAAAAUUAAGACUUGCUUUUCAUAAAUAAUGCAAGAGACGAUAUUAUUUUGCAUUGAAAACUGAAAAAUUGAAAAACAACCAUUUAAAAGAUCGAUUAUCAUUUGGUUGGAAAAGUCUAGACUGAGAAAAACAAAUCAUGUAAAUAUGAAUAUAAAUUAACAUUAUGCAUAAAUAUAUGGACACAUUAUAUAGAGCAUUAUUAUUAUUACCAUAAAAAUGUUGAUUAAGUCAAUCAAGUUUA